UACUAAGUAAGAGUGUUAGAAAACACUAACUUUUGGAAGGUCGCUUUCCAACACUGCUUGACAUUUCAUUUGUUUACGCCGCUUUCGCAAAAUCAGCCACCAUGACCGCAACCUUUGACGCCGCUCACACGGAAGGACCCGGAUUCGUUGGCAUUCGCUUCUGUCAGGAGUGCAACAACAUGCUGUACCCCAAAGAGGACAAAGAUAAUAAAAUCCUGCUCUACGCAUGCAGGAACUGUGACUACAAACAGGAGGCGGACUCAAACUGCAUCUACGUGAACAAAAUCAUGCACGAAAUCGACGAACUGACGCAUAUUGUGCCGGAUGUGAUAUCGGAUCCCACGCUGCCUCGAACUGAAGACCACGCUUGCCCGAAGUGUUCCCAUCGCGAGGCGGUCUUCUUCCAGGCACAAACACGACGCGCUGAGGAGGAGAUGAGGCUGUACUAUGUGUGCACUAAUCAGAACUGCACUCACCGCUGGACCGAGUAGAUUCCAGUAACCUUGUCCCAUAUAGUUGUAGCUAACUUAGCCCUAACCCUCAAUGAUAAAACAAAAUCCAGGAAAAACGGCUAAAAAGAUAUUUGGUGAAGCCUUUAAGCUGUAUGAAUACCUGUAAAUCUGGCAACCAAUAAAAAUAAAUUCAUUUACACAA